AUGCAAAAGAAUUUAACGAAAAGUGUUGGAAAUUCGACAAAAUCUGUUGCUUCGGAUCAUGGUGUUUUUACUGAAUCUUCGAACAGUAUUGAAAUAAGGCCUGAUGAUACUGCUGAUGCUAAAUCCCCUUCAAAUUUACACGUUCAUACGGAGAAAAUAGAAGAAAUUAAGCAAAUUCUGCUAGAGUUUGCCAAAGAAAUUCCUGAUAAAUGGAAGGAUUUGGCAAGAUUUCUGAAUGUCAGCGAUGCGAAAAUAAAAGAAAUUGAACUAGAUCAUCGUAAAUUGGACUGGCAAGGGUUUGAAAUGCUAAAGUUUUGGUGGGAUAAUCGAGAAAAGAAUCAGUUGUGGUACGAAGAACUUGCUGUUGCUUUUAGCAAGAUCGAGAAAAAAGGUUUGGCUAAAGACCUUGUUAAUAAAGGUGCAAAUUUUGCUAAAUACUGUUAAACUGAAAUUAAAAGGUCAUUUGUUCAUUUUUUAUAAUCGCUAUUUUCAUGUAAAACUCAGAAGCCAACAUUGGAUUGGUUUUAUUGAUUUACAUUUUAAUAAUAAACAUGAAAAAAUUUCUCAGUU